AUGGAGUGCGCGAAUCGAUGGAGCUCGAUCGCGCGAUUGUCUACGCGUGCAUCCUCGUCUCGUUUGUCCACCGAAGCUAGAUCAGCGACGAUCGUCGUCGUGGGACGACAUUCGUCUCGUAAUUGGCAACGCGCGCGAUUCCCUGCGCGACGCGCGUCGUACGCGGACGAGGACGAAACCGCGUCGUACGAACGAUGGAGCAUCGCGGAAACUGAGGACACGGAGUCGUCGGAGAGAUUGGGGACGUUCGAACGGACGACGUUUUCCUUCUUAGACGAGAGUGGACCAAACGCCCUGGUCACGGCGAGGCCAACACGGAGCAGGUCGCGAACACUCUUCGUUUCCAUCGUUGGCUUGAUGUUUCUCGGGAGCUUGGCGCAAGGUGCGAGCCUUAGCGUCAUCGUUCGCCGACUGUUUACCGUCGCCGUCGUUCGUUUCGUUUUCCGCAGAGCGUAUCGUUUUGCGUGCAACGUGUAUGAAGGCGCUUCAGAGGUCAGAGUUCAAUUUUCAAUUAAGGGUGUGGUCUCGGCCGCAUCGUCGCGUGCAAGGCUCGUGUUGAGGGGUUCAACGGACGGCGUGCGUCCCGCUUGCGAGAGAGCGAUGGCAAAAUUUAACGAAGACAGACGCGGAAUGUUGUUGAUCCCGCUUGUCGCCGCCUUCGUGGGUUGGUUCACCAACUGGCUCGCCGUUAAGAUGAUAUUCUACCCGAUCAAGUUUACGGGUAUUCCUUGGCUCCAAUACGUCGAAGGAGCGGUGUACGGUUUUGACAUUCUUCAACCUCUUGGCAUUGUUGGCUGGCAGGGCAUCGUCCCGGCCAAAGCGGCGCAAAUGUCGUUGACCAUGGUCACCAUGGUCACCGAAAAGCUUGUAAACGUCCAAGAAGUCUUCAUGCUUCUCAAUCCCACGGCAGUUAGUGACUUGCUUUUGAGCGAGGUACCGAGCAUGGCGAGAGAGAUCGCUGGAGCCAUUUCCGUCCCCAACUGGGCAGUAUCUCUCGCCGAGCGCGGUGUGCCGGCGCUUCCGGGGCCAAUCUUGGGUGAAGUGAGCGAAGUCGUCACGUCAUAUCUGAGUGGAUUCGUCGUGUUACUUCAACAACAGGUCGAUCACGUCAUCGAUCUGAAAGAGCUAGUCGUUACCGCGAUGUGCACAGAUCGCGUUGUCUUGGUGGACCUGUUUCAGAGAUGUGGCGCCGCGGAGCUCUCGUUCUUGGUCAAUAGUGGACUCUUCUUCGGAUUCUUUCUCGGUGUCAUCCAAAUGAUCGUAUGGGCGUUCUACAACAACCCCUGGUCCAUCACGAUUGGCGGUUUGAUUGUCGGCUUGGCGACGAAUUGGCUCGCCCUGAAAUGUAUCUUUGAACCCGUCGAACCCGUUUAUGUGGGACCUUUCAAGUUGCAAGGUUUGUUCCUACAACGGCAACAAGAAGUCAGCGGCACGUUCAGCGACUACCUCACCGCAAAGGUGCUGAAGAGUGAAGAAAUUUGGAACAACAUGCUCAACGGGCUGAAAGGGGCGGAGUUUGACGAAAUGUUGCGCUCGUACACAAAAAAUUUUGUCAUUGAGGAAGCUGCUCGCCGCGGCAUGGACGUCGCUGAAUUGGAUAUUGAGCUCGUCGACGAGAUCUGCCAGCGUGUCGUAGACGAGCUUCCCGAUCACGUUGACGUCUUGCACGAUUAUACCGAUUCAACGCUCGGUCUGCAAGCGCUUAUGCGCGAGAAAAUGCAGCUAAUGACACCGCAGGCUUUCGAACGCGUACUGCACCCAGUGUUCGAGCAAGAUGAGACGACGCUCAUCAUAUCGGGUGCCGUACUCGGAGCCAUCGCGGGUUACAUUCAACAGGUGUACUCGGUGAAGGGCACGGAUAGCGAUGAUUCACAAUGA